AUGAUCCAUGUUUAUGUUUUGAAAUAUUUUGAUCAGCAGGAAAUGGAAAAUGCGACAGAAGCGGUGACGGUUGUUGAACAGGAUGAACAACGUGAAGUGAUGGGACAAGGGCAGCCACAAAACCCACCACCACCUUUACGACGACGUUUUAUUAUAUCUCUUUACGUAGGAUAUUUUCUUGCAAGAUGGUGUGUCAGAACUUGGGAGUUCUCAGUUGCUUUGUAUAUGAUCUACUUGUGGCCAAACUCUUUGCUUCUUGCGGCCAUAUAUGGUGCCAUAGAAUCUGGUUCUACUGCGAUCUUUGGUCCCAUUGUGGGGCAAUGGAUCGAGGGAAUGGACUACGUUAGAGCUCUUAGACUCUGGCUCUUAUGUCAGAACCUUUCCUACACCAUUGCUGGUGGCGCAGUCAUCAAGUUGCUACUAGAUUACGAUCUUAAACCCAGGAACAUCCCGGUCUUUGCAACCUUGGUAGUGUUGACAAAUGUUGCUGGCUCCAUUGGUGUGCUUUCCACUCUUGGUGGCACCAUUCUGAUCGAACGAGACUGGGCUGUGGUUAUGUCGGAAGGUUAUCCACCAGAGGUACUGACAAGAAUGAACUCUGUCAUUAGAGGCAUUGAUUUAAGCUCAAAACUACUCUCUCCAGUCAUCACUGGUCUCAUCAUUAGCUUUGUCUCCCUGAAGGCGUCAGCCAUCACUUUUGCAUUUUGGGCCACUAUAACCGCUUGGGUUGAAUAUUGGCUCUUCAUAUCCGUAUAUAAUGGUGUUCCAGCGAUAGCUCAAAGCAAUGAAAGACGGAUCUUGCGUUCCAUGACAAAGCCAGUACAAGGAUUAGAUGCACCUGUUUCUAUUGUUCCGGAGGGUUCUCAAGGAAACCCACCGCGUGAAACUGGAAUGCUGAAGCUUCUUGAUGGAGUAUCCAAGUCAUCUUUUGUUGGAGCGUGGAGAGUUUAUAUCAAUCAAGAAGUUGUACUCCCAGGGGUUUCACUAGCUCUCUUGUUCUUCACCGUCCUCACGUAUGUUUUGGAUUUGUUCACAUGA